AUGUCGACAUCAACAAAAAUCGUCAUCACUCCGGAAAACACGGGAUUAUGGAAUAUUCAACAGAGUGAGGAAGCAGCCCAAGCAGCGAGUGAGUUGCUUCAGAAGGACCUUGAGGGGCAUCAUGUGUUCUUGAAUAACAAGGGCUUUCAUGACCACAUGUUGCAUCAUAUUCUCGCUCUCUACGGUACUGGCGCGAGUGUUACUCAGCUGAGAAAGGCUUACGAUAGCCGGCAUCCACUGCAACGCCCUACCCAGCCUCCUCACGACGAUGUGGCAGCCCAUCUUAGGGCAUCUUGGAGCAACUCGGUCAAGUAUCUAGGGCAAGAGCAGUACUACCCCGACUUCCUAGCCUAUUUUCAAAGUAUUAUCAGGACUAAAGGAUACGAGUCUGUCGUGAAUGAGUACCUCUUCAAGGGGGAUGCCGCUGCCGAUGAUCUACUAGUUCGCUUACAUGCUGGUGUAUUGCACCCAUUGAUCCAGUUGAUGUACGGACUAGAGUGGAAGCAACCAGCGGUAGUUGCAGAAGCUCUGGCCGAGACUUGCGUUCACCGGCUCGAGGGUUUAGACCAACUUCUACUCCCAAGCGAGCGCCGUGGACGCGCUCCAUCACCACGGUCCCAGGAACAGUCGCUUCUAUCAAUGUACCACGACAUCCGGUCAAAUCAUGACGUAUCAGUCGCAGUACAGAUUGAUGACGGAGCCGACAAGAUUCAAGCCGGCGUUCUUAAGCGUGCCAGACAACCCAUGCUGAAAAUCCUUGAGCGCGUUUCCGUUAACCCCAGCAAGCUGGACGAAAGAACUGCAGAAAUGAUGCAUGCCAUCAUCUACAUUGGUUCCGGGGCUGCCAUUCAUCCACCCCAGCAUGUCAAAUAUGACUUUUCUUUGAUAAUGCUGGAGUGGAAAAUCAGAAUGGACUUGCUGCAGUACGUGGCACAAGCUAGUCCUGCGUUCUCUGUUGAGUCUAUUGUCAACUACACACCAAAAUUGCAACAUGGGUCGAUGGUUUCCAUUCGAGAUAUCGGAGUUCGACUACAAUCUUUUGGCGAUGACGGACAUGCUAUUAAACAAGCCAGGGCCACGGCUGUUUGCCACGAGCUGAUGAAGAAAUACGAAACCAAGUCCUGGGCCGUGUUGAAAGGUGAUGAAAUUUGGAAAAAGAUCCAGCAUAUGGUUGUUGAUGCUGUUGAAGGCCCAGGCGUGCUCUACGUUCGCUGUGCCGGAUUGCAAGAAGUUUGGAAGGUACUACGUUCUCAGGGUGCAUAUGCCACUAGCGAUAAGACAUGA